CUCAUACAUCAUAUAUCACGGGCUUCCAGUUCCGGACUUCCUUCAUUCUCAACUCCCUCGCGAUAAAUCAGCUCGAUAGCUCUUCAGCUUACGGCCUGUGACAAUCAAUCAUGUACAUAUAGUUAAUUCCUAUUAAAGGCCUACGUAAAUUCUAAUUCUAAUUGCCACCAUUUCUUGCAAUUUCUAUAUACUAUUGCCGUCGUAUCAUCCACCCAGUUAAACCAACAUGAAGAUCGCAGGCAGAACCUUCGUAGUAUCAGGCGGCGCAUCCGGACUAGGCCAAGCAUGCGUAGAAGAAAUCUGCCGUAACGGCGGCAACGCCGCAGUCUUCGACCUAAACGAGGAGAAGGGCGCCGCGGUAAUCGCCAAGCUCCCGAGCGGGGCGGGCAAAUUCUUCGUCUGCGACGUCGUCGAGACGGACAGCAUCGCGGCAGCCGUCAAGCAGACGAUGGAGUGGGUGCAGGAGACGGGCAAACCGCUGGGCGGUGUCAUUCCCGCGGCUGGCGUGGGGAAUCCCACGACGAUCCUCGACCGCAAUGGCGACGCCUUCAGCAUGGACACCUUCGACUUCGUCGUCAACAUCAACCUGCGGGGGACCAUCGACCUCGUGCGCCAGUGCCUCGUGCACCUCGCCAAGACCGAGCCCGUAGGAGCCGACCAGGAGCGAGGCGUGGUUAUCAUGGUAGCCUCCGUCGCCGCGUUCGACGGGCAGAAAGGCCAGAUCUCGUACGCGGCUAGCAAGGGCGCAGUCGCGUCCAUGACUCUCCCGAUGACGAGAGACUUAGCACGCUACGGCAUCCGCUGUGUGACUAUCGCGCCGGGGAUAUUCGAGUCGGGGAUGACGGCUGUGAUGCCUGAGAAACUGUUUAAAGGUCUCGCGGCGGUCAUGGAGUUUCCGCGACGAGCGGGGCAGCCGCAAGAAUUUGCGCAAUUGGUCCGGCAGGUUAUCGAGAACGGCAUGUUAAAUGGUACCGUAAUUAGAUUGGAUGGAGGUUUAAGGAUGCCCAGCAAAAUAUAGGAAGAGUACAGAGUACGACAAAAGAAAUUCCAUACGUAUUCACUCGGCAACUAGACGCACUUCCCAUCAUGUUACAGUUCAUUUAUUUACACAAUCAUUACCCGGAUAACUCAAGGUAAAAGCCCAGAUGCUAUGAAGAAACAAAAGAAACAAAUCAACUCUUGGAUGCUAUUAUGAUGCUCAUCCAAACCCCUCUUCUUCCCAAGCACUAUCCUAUCCUCCAUC